UUUGGACAAUGGCGACCCCGACGACGACGACGACGGCGACCGCGGGCUCCCCGUCGCCCGAGGUCGAGGCCAUGGCGAUCGCGGCCGAGACACAGGACCUGCUCUUGAGCCUCCGCCAGACCGACGCCAAGCAGCAGGACGAGGUCCGCUCCAAGAAGGACGAGUUGCUGCAGAAGCUCCGUGCCAAGACGCGGCCGGCGCCGGCCGCGCGUCCCGCCAUGUUGUCGCCUUCGAAAGAGAAGCAUGCGAUGCACAUCCCGGUCGCGCGUGCCAUGGCGCACCCGCUCCUCCACGGCAAGAAGCGCAUGCUGGGUCAGAUCAAGAAGACAGCGCUCGCGCAAGGCGCCGACAGCAUGGCCAAACUCUUUGGCUACAAGAACCACCACGAGCAGCAGCAGCACCUCAAGAAAGAAGAGGAAGCGCGCAUUCAGUUCAAUGCACUCAAGAAGCAGCAAGACGACGCUGCGACACAAGCCUCGACGCGCGAUCCCGACGACGACGACGAGGACAGCGACUACGUUGAUGGCGCGCCCGAGAACGACGAGGUGUCCAACGACAAAGAGCACGACGAAGAAGGCGAUGGGACGGACCAUGGCUUGGAGCCGGCGCUGGACGAGGACAGCGCCACUCAGCCAGCCUCCGCGGACAAGAGCCCUCGUCUCGAAAGCGCCUCACCGGCAGCGCCUCUUGGGGUCCACGACGACGUCACGCCUUUGCUCGAUACCACCGCCAAGGGCAAUGACGCCGAUGACGAUGACGAGACGGACGUUGUCCAGGCCAAGCCGUUGGGUCGGACGAAGCGUCGUAUUACGGCCUUGAGCGACGACGAGGACGGCGCCGACGCCGACGACGAAAGUGACGAUAACGACGACGAAGCCGCAGCCGCUGCGGCUGCCCAGCGCGCCAAGGACAAGGCGGCGCAGUUUCGCGCGAUGCUGGCCGCCGAGGACGCUAACACCAAGCAGCGCAAGCGACUCGGACAAAAGACGUCGGGGCUUGUUGAGUCGGAAGCCGAGGAAGAGGAAGAAGACGACGUGCUCAAGAUCGGUGGUCUCGGGGACUUUGGCUUUGGCGUGCCAUUGGCAUCCACCGAGGCCGACAAGGAGCGCGAAGAGGAAGCCAAAGCGCUAACGUUGCAGGACGACGACCUCGAGCACAUCGUCGACGAGCUCUCGGACGACGAGAAGGACAAGGACGCAGACGAAGCGUUUCGCGACGACAUGGCGGCCCGGGACCGCGACCAGAUCUCCGAGGUCAUGCGGAACGUGCGCGAGGGCUUUGGGCGCAACCGCCGCAUCUUCUCGACGGGCCUCAACAAUGGCGAAGCGCGAGGUCGGUUCCACCUCAACGACCUCGUGGCGGCCGAUGGGAGCAAGCAAGAGGCCGCGCGUCUCGGGCUCCUCGAGUCGGACGAAGAGACCGCCAAUGCCAAUGACAACGAAGCGGAAGACGAAGAAGAGCGCAUGGAACGUGAGCUCCGCGACCGCUUCUUGCACCAACCGCAGAUCUACAUUACGUCGUCCGAGUCCGAGAGCGAAGACGAGAAUGACGCGCCAAAAGCCCAAGAGACGGUCGCGGACGUCAUUUCCGACGACGACGAGCGCGAAGCCCGUCAAAUGAAGCUCUUCUCGGCCAAAGCCAAGAUCAACCGCCGCAUGCACCGCAUGGCCCAGCUGCAGAAAGCGCAAGCGUCGGACGACCGGCACAAGACCAAAGCGCCAGUGCUACCGACGCUUCUCGAUGACGACAUGGACGACUCGUUUGAGCUGGUCAAGAGCUUGCGAGGACCGCCCCCACCCGCCGCACCGACGCUCAAGAAGCGCACAUCGUACUCGCUCACGUCGACAGCGUCGUCAUUUUCCCGAAUUGCCGACACGUGCAAAAUGUUUCCUACGUCGUCGACGUCCAAGGCGUUUGUGUUUUCCAAUAGCUCGUUUGCGACGCCUGAGACGUCGACGGACGCGCAUGAUGAGCCGCGCGAGAAGGAGAACGAGGCGCAGCUCAACGCGAGUCGGAAGCGGGCGGCGCCGGUCGUGUUGGGCGCAACCGCCAAAAAGGCCAAGACGACUCAAGGGACCAAGGCCAAGCCCCCCAAAAGCGCACUCCUCUCUGCGCUCUCCGACUACCACUGUAACUAAUUCCACUACUCUAUCUCGCACCCUUUC